AUGUUUGGUAGGACGUCUUUUCAGGGAGCUGUCUAGUUUGAAAACACUCACAAAUACCCCACACUUCGCGUGAGGGGAUAGUGUCUGUAAGAGUUUAGCUCACUUAGCUUAAUGUUCCCAGAGAAACGUGUGAAAACUCAUUUUCGUCCUUCUCCCGGUUCUCACCCACUUACACUUUUUGUGUAACGAUUUCACUUUAAUGAGCCGCACUUUCACAUACAUUACAUUUAUCAGCGUACUUUUAUGUUAACCAAAUGUAGCAUGCUAAUCCCGGUUAGCAUGCACGGAGUAAUGUUUAGGAUGUUGGUUUGAGCUCUGACAACAGAUCACAGGAAAUGAUGACAGUUUAACAUGCAUUAAAAAAGGUAAAGGGUCAUUUUUAAACGAAAUUAUUGUGAAAUUAUGUUAAUAUUAUUGUUCUGUUCCCUUUUGGAAAUCCCUCCGCCCCGCCCCUCUCGGGGUUCCUGUGGGAGAGUAGGCGGCGGAGGGACAACGUAGUUCCCCUUCAUAACCACACAGUCUGAAAAAGCAUGCGUGGAGCUACCGGCUAACGGCUGUUAUCUGUGCAGAUCUCUGUCUAAUCUCUGAAAAGUAAAACUUUUAAAGUGGGAUUUUGAUGGAUUAUGUAUUUAUUCGGGAUAUAGAAGGUCUGGACACGGUAAGAUAACGCGAACUCUACAGUUUUAGGCGGAUUUCAUGAGAAGUUAGAGAAGUCAGUUAGUUAGCAGCUAAGCUAACUGUUAGCCUUUUGGCUCCAUGUACAUUUGCUGUAGGGGAGGCAGGGAGGAGAUGAAACAUAUCUGACAGACUCAGAGUAAGUAGGUAUCAGAGAACGGUUCAGUUAAAGACAAAAGUUAGACCCAUAAAAAACGCAGCUGUAAAUGAAUGAAAACAAGAAAAAAGACAGAGAGCAAAUGACAAAAUUAGACUUAUUUUCCAUCAUUUAUGGGAUAAAAUCUUACAGUUUUAACUUCUGUUGAGUCCCUGAAACUGAUUAAUUCCUUUAGUAUUUAUAACAGUUUAGACUAAAGAUAGAUGUUUAAUCAAAAACACUAUCAGACAGACAGAGCAAUAGGGAGAGCCAUUUAAUGACUGUGCAUCAUUAUAAUACACAAAAACACUGCAGAGAUGAUCUAGAUAUACUAGACUCAACUUAGAGACUUAGAUUUUCUUCAUUUGUCAAACAUAGCAGUGAUUUCUUUCUUUGACAAAAUGUCGUUACUUGGCUGCCAUAUCACAGCAUGAUGGUGUUUAAUUUAAUAUACAGGAAAAAUAAAAACAAUAAAAACUAAGGGUAAAAUACCAGCAUGGUGAGUGAUAUUGCACUUUCGGGAGGUAGAGUGGUUGUGGAAUAAAAACCAAAUAAAUAAAAGUAUAUAUAAAAAGAUAUAUGUUCUUAUUUACACAUAAUAAAUAGUGAUGAAUGGCAGAGAAAUUUUUACAGCUCAACCAGGACAAAACUCAGGUUUUAGUCAUUGGGGCAGGGGACAAGAGAGAGAAACUGGUCAGCAAACUCAAAGCAUUAUCCUAUAAUCUUAGUCAGCAAGCUCAAAAUGUAGGUGUUUUAUUUGAUUCAGAAUUGAGCUUUGAGCCUCACAUACGGGAUAUCACCAAGAAGGCAUUUUAUCAUCUAAAAAACACAGCCUGACUGCGACCGUUUCUCUCUCAAGCCAAUGCAGAGACAUUAAUUCAUGCUUUUAUCACUUGUAGAACAGAUUAUUGUAAUGCCUUCUUUUCUGGUCUCCCCAAAAAGAACAUUUCACACCUGCAAUUAUUACAAAAUUCAGCUGCAGGAAUGUCAACAAGGACCAGAAAGAGAGAUCACACUACAGCGAUUUUAAGGUCUCUGCAUUAGCUCCCCGUCUCUUUUAGAAUAGAUUUUAAGGUUGUUUUAUUGGUUUUUAAAGCUCCUAAUGGCUUUGGCCCAUCUUAUUUUUCUGAUCUUCUUUUAUCUUAUGAUCCAGGUAAAGUCUUCAGGAAGUUCUGGACGUUCUCUGUUAACAUUACCUAAAGUUAAAACCAAGACGUAUGGUGAGGUAUCUUUUAUCACUAUGGCCCCCGUCUAUGGAACAGCUUACCUGAAGACCCGAGGACUGAAACUAGUCGCAAUGAUUUUAAAAGUAAACUGAAAACAUACCUUUUUAGUCUUGCUUUUAACUAAAUUUUAUAUCAUUAACUUUGUUUAAGUGUUUUAGCAUUUAUCUCUUCUCGUUUGAGUCACAGGAUCAUCUUUUAUUGAGUUAUUUUGGUGCUCUUAUUUUAGUAUCUUUUACUGUUGUUUUUAUUUAAUUGUAUUUAUUAUUUCUUAAAUUUCAUUCUUUGUUCCUUUGUUUUUACAUUUUAACCUAAACCUCCAGUGUUUCCUUAUCUUGAGUUUUAAAAUGACGUUUCCUCAGAGCACACAUUCCACAUUCCUGUUUCCACAAAAUCAAGCCCUUCAUUGGUCAUUCGACCAUCCUCUGGCGGUUCGACCACAUUAUAUCGAAGUGCUGAUAAAAAUAAUUGAAAUGAUAACUUUAAAAGAUGAGAUAACAGUUGCAGAUGGUGUUUGAUUGUUUUCAUAGGAUAAAAUUGUCUGAAAAUCUUCUCUCAUCCUUUCUUCAGACAAAAUCUUUUAGCUGCAGCAGAAUUAAACAGUGGUAUGGAAAUUAUAGAACAAUAAUUAAAAGAGAUAUUUUAUAUUUAAUAUCAAACUAAAGAUUUUAGCCAGCGCAAAGGUCCUGGUCUUCAUUUUAGUCUCAGCUGUAAAUAAUGACAAAAAUUCAAAUUCAUUAAAGACUGUUGGGUCAGUCCCUCGCUCUGUGACCAUGUCGGUUAGGUAACUGUGGUGAAAAAUGAACCACAAACCUGGUUUCAGGUCCUGAAACGUCUGCUGAUUCACUUUAACAAACAGCUCACCUCCAGGUGUGUCCUAUGGGCAGGUGAGGAGCUGAUGGAGGAAGGGAAGACCACAAACAGUGAAAAUCAAGGAGGAGAGGGAGCUGAGCAGUUGAUGGAGUGGGAUGAAGAGCAGCAGGAGGGUUUCCCUCAGGAGGAGAGAGGAGAUGAGACGGAGGAGAAAGGUGAGACCGUCCCACAGACCCUGUGAAGACGUUUUUUUGUAACCAAAGAUCUAAACUUCACCAGUUCAGUGGUCCCCCACCAAACCACAGACGGAGAGCACUGAGCUCUUACAGGAUGUUCUGAUUAGCUGAGUUGGAUCUGUAUGAAGAGUGCUUCACAGGACUUGACACUAACUUUUUUCACAUGUUCUCCUAAGUUGAAAAAGCAAGGAGCACACAAAGAACUUAAGGGGCACAAUGAAAAUUGAUCAAAUAAUGUUUGUCUUAUUGAUUGACCGUAGUACUAUUAUUUGAAAUACAUUUUAGGUCUUUUGGUCACAUGACAUGGAAGCUAUUGAAGGAAAACAGCCUUUUCUGAGAACAUCAAUUGGUAAUUUAUUGAUGGUCCCUUAUACAACACCUGACGUUGACAGCGAGGGUGCAGAGUAGAUUUAUUCGCACUGCUGUUGUUAUUCCCGGUUAUGGAGAGUGAGAAGACACCGAUAGAUCCUCCGUGAAUGUCCGUUGAAUAUCCAACCUAAAACUAACCACUGCCGUAUUUACAGGUAAAAAACAUUUAUUGAUUUUUUUUUUUUAUGUGCACAUGUAACCCUAAAUACAUUUGACAAUUCACACACAUCUAUUUUUAGUCGCAAAUGGGAGUGAAACAUUCGUACCGUCGAGCCCUGCUUCACCUGCAUCGACACUUUUAAUAACGGUUCUGAUCCGAGUUUCCUCAUCUGUCUGCAGGUUUGAUGGAGGAUGUCAGGAUCGUCCCGAUCCCGGUUCAUCCGGACAGCAGCUGCAGCAACAACACACACACACACAACCUGACACACAACAACAGAGUGAAGGUGAGAUGGUAUCUGAAGAUGAUGUCAUUCCUUCUGUUUCUAUAUGAUUCAUUCAUUCAUUCAUUCAUUCAUUUAUCUGUGUGUGUGUGUGUGUGUGUGUGUGUGUGUGUGUGUGUGUGUGUGUAAUCAGGGUUCAGGGGCCCCUCUCAGCUUUAAGGUGAACGGCCGGCUCGUCUCCCUGCAGCCUGGAGGUCAGAAGAAACCAGAUUUUAGUGUUUGUGGUUUUUCUGAAGAGACUCUGAACUGACUCUGAGGACAGUGUCUGUGUUUGUCCGUGUUUGUCUGUGUUUGUCUGUGUUUGUCUGUUUGUACGUUUUUGUCUGUUUGUCAGUGUUUGUCUGUUUGUUUGUGUUUGUCCAUCUUUGUCUGUGUGUGUCCGUCUUUGUCUGUGUGUGUCCGUCUUUGUCUGUGUGUGUCCGUCUUUGUCUGUGUUUGUCCGUCUUUGUCUGUGUGUGUCCGUCUUUGUCUGUGUUUGUCCGUCUUUGUCCUCCAGGUGGCACCGCAGAGUUAAAGAUCUGCUCUCACCCCCGAGGUUCAGCCAGCGGGUUCACCACGGUCCAGAUGUCCAGUCCCCUGAAAGUCCAGGAACCUGCUGAAGCCCAGACCAACACAUCCUCCCUGCAGGCCCCUCUUGCUGGAUCUGACCCCACCCUGGUCAUCACAGGUAAGACCUCCACCUGAGUCUGAGUUCGCUGCCGUAGACCCCGAAGGCGUCCUGGGCUCACUGUGUCUCUGUGGUGCAGGUGUGGUCUCAGGUGAAGCUGCUCAGAGGGUUCUGAAGGACCACAGUAAAUCCAGGACCCCUCUGACAGAGAAGAAGAACCAACCUGGAGUCUCCACCCCGAACGUCACCUCCAACCCCCCACAGAUCAAACCCACAUCCUCCAACCAGACCAGGACCCCUCACACACCCAGAGCAGUCCAGGAGAAAGGUGUGUGUGCGUGCAUGUGUGUGUGUGAGUCUGAGUUCAUUCACAAAUUCACUCAUUCAUGUCCAGUUCUCCAAGAGCCAUAUGAUGGUCUUUCAAACCCUCCAGAGUAGGAUUGGGCGAUAUCCAAACAUUGAUACUGUCAUACCGUCUCCACAUUUUACCGCGGUGACGAAUUAAAAAUGAUGACUUAAGGCUCAGACAGCGUCACCAAACUGUUGGCUUGUACAAACAUUGUUUAGAAACUGAAUACCAAACACUAAUAAUGAAACAGUAACAACAUAAUGUGCACAAUAUUAACAACUUUUAUUAGAAACAGCUUAAAAAGUCAAACAAUUAAAUGAACAGAACCAUCCAGAACUGUUUUUGCGCAGAAUACGCCGCACACACAUCAGUUACAUUAAAUCACAGCCUGAGCAACUUUGAAUAACUCAACUCAACUCAACUUUAUUUGUAGAGCACUUUAAAACAACCACAGCUGUACAAAGUGCUGUACAUAACAGGACAAAAACAACAAGAUAAAAAACAAUCAAGAAACAAUUAAAACAAUGGAUAAAAUAAAAGCAGAAUUAAUGAUAAAAUAUAGUUUCAAUGUUUUUAAAAACUAAUUUAAAAACAUAGAAACAAAUAACUAAAAACAAACCAUAAAACACUAAAACAGGAGCCGAGUCUCAUGGAGGGUUAAAAGCCAAUGAAUAAAAAUGGGUUUUAAGACGAGUUUUAAAAAUGGACAGUGUGGAGGCUUCUCUAAUUUGGAGGGGUAGCUUGUUCCAUAAAAUUGGGGCAGCAACAGAAAAAGAUCUAUCCCCUCUGAGCUUCCGUUUGGACCUCGGUACCUCCAGGAGCAGCUGAUCAGCUGACCUGAGGCACCGAGCAGGGGUGUAGGGGUGGAGAAGCUCAGAGAGGUAUGAUGGAGCCAGACCAUUUAAAGAUUUAAAAACAAAUAAAAGAAUCUUAACGACAAUCUUAAUAACAAAAAAGAGCGGCUUAUAAAAAAAGUACAAAUACAACAGUCAAACAAUUAAUUAACCUGACCAUCCAGAACACUUUUUGCGCAGGAUGCUUCUUUUCCAUCGUUUGGAAAGAGACCGUUUCCUUUGCCAAGUAUUUUGUCACUGUAUCAGUGCAGGUUUUCCAACACAAUCCCUUUUGUACUUUGUGUUUGUCCUGAAGGCCCCCGUUAUUGUCCGUUGUGUAUAAGUGGCGGUGGACUUAGUUCUUGUUGGUCCUGCAUCGGUAUCAGCGGGAGGCGUUUAAACUGCUGCACUGAAUGAACUCAGGGACAAAUGCAUCCUCGCAGCAGUGAGUGGAUGUUUGAAUCGGAGAUACCUCCUUAGGUUAGAAGUGUUUCCAUCUCUCACAGUCACCUUUUUAUUACUAUAAUUUACUACUAUUUAUUGCUAUAUUUCUAAAACAAAACACUUUUGUUCUGUCUUACUUCACUCUCCUUUUCUCCCUUGUCUUCUGUCAAAGUUGCAGUUUUGGUGAUACCGUUCAAGAUUACCCUAAUAGUUAACCUUUAUUUAACCAGGUUUGUCCCAUUGAGACCUGAGGAUCUCAUUUGCAAGGGAGACCUGACCAAGAAUGGCAGCAAUACAUAGUUAAAACAAACAGUCACACAGACUCAAUACAGAACAAAAAUGUGAGGAAACAUCAGUUAAAACAGGGACAUUCUGAGAGUUUGUACUCCAGCCUUUUAACUGCAGAUAUAAAAAUAGUCCAAGACACCAAGUUUUGCAGCUUAAAUUCAGUCUGCAGAUUAUUCCAUGCAGAGGGGGCAGAGAACCUGAAAGUCUUCUUUCUCAUUUCAGUUUGGACACUGGGGACAACAAACUGUGCCUUUGUAAAUGAAAACGUACCAGUGACCAAGCCGACGAGUACCGUAUUUUCCGCACUAUAAGGCGCACCGGAUUAUAAGGCGCACCUUCAAUGAAUGGCCUAUUUUAAAACUUUGUUCAUAUAUAAGGCGCACCGCAUUAUAAGGCGCAUAGAAUAGACGCUACAAUAGAGGCUGGGGUUACGUUAUGCAUCCUUUAGAUGGAGCUGCGCUAAAGGGAAUGUCAACAAAACAGUCAGAUAGGUCAGUCAAACUUUAUUAAUAGAUUACAAACCAGCGUUCUGACAACGCCUUGAGUUUGAACUCUGCGUCGUAAGCGUGUCUCUUAAUAGGAGCCAUUUUGGGGUCUUUACAUAAACACACAAAUGGAAAUGAAACGGCACGCCUCGCGCAGUCAUAUAUCCCAGCAUGCACUGCGCGCUUCUUCUUCUACGGGGGAAAAUGAAGUCCGCGGCUGCUUACCUUAGUUGCGAGACCUGUUGUGGCUCAAUAUUGGUCCAUAUAUAAGGCGCACCGGAUUAUAAGGCUGUUAUAAAAUUGGAGGUUUUAGGUGCGCCUUAUAGUGCGCAAAAUACGGUACUUAAAGAAGUACAACUGACUUUGGAGUAUAAAGUACAGCGAUGAGUUAAAAAUCCACAAUUUGUUAUAAAUCUCAGAGCUCCAUGGUAAACACUGUCCAACAUUUGCAGACUCUGGGCAGAGGCAUUCAUGUAUAAAACAUCACCAUAAUCAAGAAGAGGUAAGAAUGUAGACUCCACAAGUCUGUUUUUAACAUUCAAAGACAAACAGGACUUGUUUCUAUAGUAAAAGACAUGCUGAAUAUGUUCUUUAAAAGACAAGUUUUCAUCCAGUAAAAACCCCAGGUACUUAAUAGAAGACACAAGCUCAAUUUCUUGACCGUCAAUAUUAACAAUUUUCUUAGACAGUGUUUCUUGUGAUGCUUUUGUAGAUGAAAACAACAUGAGUUUAGUUUUCUCCACAAUAAGCACAAGUUGUAGCUGCCUAAGCUGAUCUUGGACUAAAUUGAAAGCAUGCUGAAGAUUUACAAAAGCCAGCGCAGGUGUUGGUGCACAGCAAUAAAUUACUGUAUCAUCUGCAUAGGGAUGAAAAUUUGCAUUUGGAACAUUUUGUCCCAGGCAGUUGAUAUAUAUUGUAAAUAAGAGCGGUCCCAGAACUGAACCUUGAGGCACACCUUUGUGAAUUUAAAGUACCAUAUACACCAUAAAUCAUAUACUGACGCACCUGACUAUACACAUCAAGCCCAAUGUGAUUUUGCGACUUUUGGGGGGAAAGACGCAUCCCGGGGAAGACUUUUGCCGGGGAAAGUCCCGUCUCCUUCACCUCUGAUUGGCCAGAAAAGCUGGAAACGUCAUCACAUGCUCAAGCCAAACGGUCAGCACUUAUAGCCAAUCAGAGGCGAUAAGAUAAGCACAUGAAACUAUGGUAACAUCCAUUAGCUUACGUUAGCACAGAUGAAAGUUAAAACAAAAGCGUUUAGCAAACUGUUAAAGCACACAAACCAUCAUCAUAUGAGAAAUCCAAUGCUUUGUUGUCCUUCAAGUCGUUAUCUUUGUAAUAUUUGUCGUUUUUAUCAAAAAGCACUCUGUUCUCCGACACGUAAACAAUCAGCCGGUCGCCCAUGUUGGAUAUACCGGUGAAUCAGACGUCGCAACAACACGCAAUCUGAUUGGUCUGAAGUGGACACAUAGUAUGCUGAAACUUUUGAAAAAUCGACCAUGAUCCGAAAAUAAAAAUGCUGCAAUAUUGCAGGGCGUGAAAAAGUCGCUGAUGUGAACACUUGUAUUGACAGGAUAUGGGUUCGAAAAAAAAUAUUGAUGUCCAAAAUAAUCGCACGACAAAGACACCGCCGGUUUAUCUUAUCACCGCCCAACCCUACUCCAGAGCCCAGAGAGCAGACUUCGUUCUUUACUUGUAAUAACCACAUGACUUUGUGUGUGUGUGUGUGUGUGUGUGUGUGUGUAGGUCAGCUUGGACCCGCCCCCCCUGACUGUCCCGUCUGCAGGUCUCAGUUUAAGUUCAUCUUAAAGCUCCGAGGAUUCAUGUGUGUAAGUCCCUUAGCCCCGCCCCCACUUUCAUUUGAUGUGUGACAUCAUCAUGGAUGCCCCGCCCCUCACUGUUCUCUGACACCUCUGACCCUCCUCCUCCUCCUCCAGCUGUGCUGCCCCGCCAUCGCCCUCAGUCUGGAGAAGGUGAGGAAGAAGAAGCAGCAGAAGAGGAGCCGCCUGAAGAGGAGCAGAGACAUGAUUCGGGUCUACAGAGACCCUCAGACCUUCAGACAUGCAGGAGCCCAGACCAGACCAGGACCUGGACCCUUUGCUGUGAGUGGACCUUAACGUCGUAAACUGAAUCCAGGUGUCACAUGACCUUUGAUAACACUCUUUCUCCCCCAUUAUAAGGUCGUGUCUCCGCCCCUGAGGACCUUCAGAGUCUCGGAGGACAAGCUGGAGUCCCUACAGACCCCUCAGGGUAAACUGGUCAUACUGGUGGAGGACUUCUAUUAUGGCUCUGCCCCCGGAAGACACUGCACAAACAACCAGACAGAUGACGGAAACCACGGACCGUACGACUGCAUCCGCUGUCAGAGGACGCUGCACAACAACAUCGAGUGAGAGGCACACACACACACACACACACACACACACAACGGACACACACACACAACGGACACACUGGUGUGUGUUCAGAGGAAACAGAAAGACAUUCAGACCAAUGUUCCCUCUAAGCUGCGCGCCUGCUCACACAUUGUCAGCGCACAAGAAAAGCUAUACAGCGCAUGUCUAACACAGUGAGUGAUAGAUGUCCAGCCAAUGAUGUGAUACGGUUCACUUACGCUACGUAGCCAAUCAUCGCAUUGAUAUUGCUUACAUACUGUAAAUUCCGGACUAUAGAGCGCACCGUUAUAUAAGCCGCAGAUGCUUAUUUUAGGGAAAAAAAUAACUUUGUACACGUAUAAGCCGCACCGGUAAAUAAGCCGCGGGUGUCCACCUGGUGACAUUGUCACCUAGAAAGUAAAUUAAAAUGUUUUUUUAUCAAAGUCUGAUAUUUAUUUUGAAAUAUUUACUCAGCUACACACAGAUAGCGAAAACAUAUGGACAACAGUAAAUCUACACAAGCAGUCGUCAGCGCUGCUCCGUGUGUGCGGGUGUGUGUGUGUCUGUCUGUGUGUGUAUAGCCCUGUAGACGACUUUCAUUCACGGAUACAUAAAAGAAGUGGACAAACAUGUUUGAUACAGUCAGGAAAACAUAGCGGCAUAUCCAUGAUAGCUCUGAAACAACAGUUGGAGGAGCAGAAGCGCUGCGGAGAAAUACGCGGCCGGUGGGAACUAAAGGCUGCGCUGAAUGGAAGCUAGUGAUGUGUCGGUCGGUGACCAGAAGGAGCGCCGCGAUCGUGCACUGCAGAUAGUUUCGGCACCGGUUUUAUUUCCUUGCGCGAGCCGCGUCACACACGCACAUAGACACACAGACACAGACUUACAGACACAGUGCUGCAAGUGAGCGUCGUGAGUAAAAAGGGAGCAAACGCAAUGAAUGAUGAAAAGACAGCUUUGGUGUCUAAGCCCAACGCAACAGCCCCAGUGUGGGAACAUUUCGGUUUUAAACAAAAUGAAAGAGGUGAGCCCACGAACACGGACGAGCUGAUGUGUCUAGGGCUGCAACGAUUAGUCGACGUAAUCGAUUACGUCGACACGACAAAUUCAUCGACACGAAAACCAAGCGUCGACGCGUCGUGUUAUUGUUGUUAAGAAACACAUGCCGGCGCCUCAUGCUCAUCUAUAACUGCAAUGCACUACAGGAUGUGCUGGGGGCAGUAGCGCUCGCUGUUUACAUCCCGCGAGCAGACACAGAAGAAGAGUGCACACAUUAUGGCAGAACAAACUGAAAAAGACGCUCCAAAACUCUGACCCAAAACUUCAAAAGUUUGGGAACUUUUUACGGAGAACAAACCAAAAAAAACACGUCGAUCAAAGCUCAGCUUUCCUACCAUAGCAGCACCACGGCGAUGCAUGAGCACCUGAAACGCCGACGCCCCGGAAAUAGGUGUUUAUAAAUAAAGAAGAUAGUGAUUAAUCGUGAUUAAUCGGACGACUAGUCGGACGACUAGUCGACAAAAAAAUAGUUGUUAGUUGCAGCACUAGAUAUGUCGCAUUUGUUCGAAAGUUGUGGUGACAAAGAAGGGGAAUACAACGAACAUGCAUGCGCACCUCAAGCACAAUCAUCCCCGCCAUUUUUCCCAACUGAGAAAUAAAAGUACUGCCGGAGGUGCUGCGGAGCCAUCGUCCCGGCAGGUACCGCUUACUGAAGCGUUUGGUAAGCAAAGCAAAUAUAAACCAAACAGCGCAAAAUGGUGCGCGCUGACAGACCGUGUCGUUCGCUACAUUGCAAAAGAAAUGCCAAUCAUUCAAUACGGUCAAAAAGCCAGCAUUUAGAGUAAUAUUACAAACAUUUGACAGACAGUACGAAUGGCCUGGAAAAACUUACAUUUCACAAACGGCAAUUCCUGGACUCUAUAACAGAGUGAAAGAGGAUGUACUGGACGACAUCAAAAACAUUGCAUUUUACUCCGCCACCACAGAUAUGUGGUCCAGCUCAAACAUGACCCCCUACAUGAGUCAAACCAUACACUACAUAACUGCUGACUGGACCUUGUCCUCCAAGUGUUUAGAGACCAGGUAUGUGCCUGAGAACCACACGGCCGACAUCCUGGGAGAAAACCUUAAAGGGGACCUGCCAUCAAAAAUGUAAUUUUGUGUGUUUGUGUGUCAGAUAAGGUCCAUAUUAUGUUCGUCUUAUGUUGUAAAUGUGAAAACAAACCGUUACGUCGUUUCCAUUCUGUAAAGGUUUAAAAUAAAGAAACGGGUAAACCAGGCCAAUUGAAAAAGCAGGUCCCUCUGACGUCGCGCUGACCUUGCUCAUUAUUAUUCAGGAGCGCGUCCUCAGUGAGCCGCGCCCACUCUCUCGUUCUCGUACUCAUUCACAGUCAACAUCACUCUCCAGCCAGAGCGAGACCCAGCUACCACUGUAUCCGCUAUGGGUCUCUUCCAAACGACCGGUGUUUCCUUGGGUUCACUGCCGGGAAAAUGAACUUAAAGCUGGGCAGAAUGAAUGAAAACACCGCUGGAGAUCUCCGGCUUCUUCUUCAACUUCCACCUCCUCUUCGAACUCGGGGUCUAAAAUAUAUGGUUUAAUACCUGCCAUUUUUAGCCUUUAGCAUAAGGUGACCAGACGUCCCCGAUUUCCGGGGACAGGUCAUCCAAUUCGGGGACUGCAAAAGCUGUCCCCGAAAAUGUCCCCGAUUUAAGCGUUUCAUGAAUGAGAGCAAAAAUGUUGCGUGUGGGCUCGAACAACGGUUAUUACAGUAGCCGAAUGGGUAGGAAGCACAAGUAAGCAGUCCUGAACAACAGUUUUUAAGGGGGUUAUUACAAGGGGCAUGCGCUGCUACUAAAUAGUACCGUGAUUUUGUCUGUGAUCACGCAGCCCCUGCAGCCCCUGCACACUCCCCGCCGCCGCCGCCGCACCGAAUAUCCCCGGAUAUUAGAGAUGCACCGAUUGCAAUAUUCUUGGCUGAUACCGAUUUCCGGUUUUAAAGGAGGUCUGACCUGCCAAAACCGGUUUUUCCGAUACCGAUUUUCUAUCUAAGAAAUAAUUAUAAUCAUAUAAUAGACACCAUAUUUGUUUGGCUUGAGUACCCAUUCCCAAUUUUAAUUUAAGUACCCCUCUCCCAGACAACAUUUUGCUUAACUGCAAUUAAAAGCACAACUAAUGGUAGGCUAUAUGCUAUCAUAACCCCCCUUUUCAAGAAUAAAAUCUCACAAAUAAGAAAUAGAGUGAGAGUUUCAACAGUGCCUCCUGAGCAGAUUUAUUUUCUACACUGACCAUAAAAUUCAGUCCAGUUUACAGGUCAGUAACUAACUUACAUUCAAACAACAUUCAAAAAACGUCCCAGCAUUUGCCUGGUACAAUGUAAUUUAUUGACUACCCCUCCAGUACCUCUCUCAAACGACUCUGGCAGCGCUGUGUCAGAAAAGUACCGCCUACUUGAUAGUUUGUACCAAUCAACGCCUAAGACAUUUGGAACAACAAACUUAAUACGCCACUUGGAAAAGAAGCACCCAGGCGUGUUUAGCAAAUAACAAGUAAUACACUGCCGCUAAGAGGAGGGAUGCAGCAGAGUCGCAGCGACCACAACAACCCUCCGCCGUGGCUCCUAUGUUCGACAUCAGCACUGAAAAGUCCAAAGCCACCACUAGGAAAAUAAUGGAGUUCGUGGCACUGGAGGACCAGCCGUUUAGCGUAGUACAGGAUAAAGGCUUCGUAAAUCUGCUGAAACACCCUACUUGGUCAUUUGUACUUUGGACUCAGGUGUUUCACCAGAUUUACGAAGCCUUUAUCCUAUAUGUGGACUUAAAAGAGCCAGUGGGAGGUGGAGAAGGUACCAGUGGUGUGACCUGCAGCAGAACUGCUGCUGGAGGAAAUGAGGAUAAACUUCCUGCACCCACAAAGAAGAAAAGACUGAGUAACCUUCUUCAAAACUGAAGAGCUCACUUCACAAGACAGGCCCAGGCUGCAGUUCCAAAAAGAGUGCAGGCAGAUGCAGAGCUGACCAAAUUCCUCCAGGAAGAUGUACUUGAAGCAUCUUCUGAUCCUUUAAUGUGGUGGCGUGACAAUCGGAGAAGAUAUCCGUUGAUGGCCAAGCUGGCACAAAAAUACAUGUGCAUUUGUGCAACAAGCACCAGCUCUGAGAGAAUGUUUAGCAUAGCUGGCAACUCCGGAGAGAUUAUCUAUAAUCUAAAAAACGGUGUCAAUAAUAUCGUUUGUCGGCAAUAAUUUGUAGCACAAUUAUCGUCCAGCAAAAUUUGUUAUCGUGACAGGCCUAUUAGUACUAUUAUCAAAAAUCAAUUUUAGGUCAAUUGGUCACAUGGCAUGGAAGCUAUGGAAGCAAAACAGCCUUUUCUGAGGACAUCAGCCGGUAAUUUAUUGACGGUCCCUUAUUCAACACCCGAAGUUGACAGUGAGGGUGUCGAGUAGAUUUAACCGCGCUGCUGUUGUUAUUCCCGGUUAUGAAGAGUGAGAAGACACCGGUAGAUCCUCAGUGAAUGUCCGUCAAAUAUCCAACCUAACACUAACUUCACCGCCGUAUUUACAGGAAAAAUAUUUGUUGAUUUUUUUUUUCAUGCGCACAUGUGACCCUAAAUACAUUUUACAAUUCAAACACAUCUAUAUUUAGUCGCAAAUGGGAAUGAAACGGUCGCACUGUCAAGCCCUGCCAAACCACCGCUACAUUAAAUAACUUUUCCUCUCAACAAUAACAUCUUCAGAGGAUGACGCGAAGUCGUGGCUGACAUCAUUCUGUUCUGUUUACUUCUCUAGUAACGUACAGAAGUGAGCAGGAAAAGCUUGACUCUGAUUGGCUGUUGUUACGCACAUUACCGCCAUGUUUGAUCGCGUAAAUAUGCUUACAGCUGAUCGCAAUUGUAUAAUCGCCCAGUCUGAGUUUGACCUCUUCAUUCUAACAAAGUGACUAUAAUCAAAACGUCACUCUCUAUCAGUGAACUUGACUGAAUGUUAACCCGUCGCUUACUUCCUGUUGUCCUCCUGAUGUUUGUGUUUGGUUCUACAGUUUCUCCUCCUACUUUAAAUGAACUCAAAUCUUUUUAAAUCACUCUGCCUCGAACCCUCAGUCACAGUUUAUCACUAAAUCUCUUCUCUCUCUCUCUCUCUCUCUCUCUCUCUCUCUCUCUCGCUCUCUCUCUCGCCUUUUAGGUUGAUGAACCACGCAAAGCUCCACAUCACAUCUCAGCAGGACAGACGGAGAGUGUCUUCUUGUCCUCACUGCCUCAGACGCUUCACCUCCCUGUUCAGCCUGCAGCGCCACCUACAGGCUGUGCACAGUCCGUGUGAAUACAGAGGUGUGGUCCAAACACACACACACACACACACACACACACACACACACACACACACACCUAUGAUGGAGGACACAUCAGCAGCAUCAGUCAGACCUGUGAAGAGGACCACCUUCAUGUCUUCAUCUCCGAAUCUUCAGCCUCAUGACAUCACAGUUAAUAGAUUCACUUCCUGUUUCCAGCUCAGUGUAAGAUCUGUGAGGUGACCUUCAUGAGCGAGGUGGACUUCCUGGACCACAUGAAGACCAAUCACAAACCGGGAGAGAUGCCGUACACCUGCCAGGUACAACUGCACACUCACACACCCACUGCUGCUGCUGCAGGUGUGUAUGUCCUUGUUCAUGUGUGUGUGUUUGUCUCCUGUAGGUUUGUGUGUACUCGUUCGUGUGUGUGUGUGUGUGUGUGUGUGUGUGUGUGUGUGUGCAGGUGUGUGUAUGUCCUCGUUCAUAUGUGUGUGUUUGUCUCCUGCAGGUGUGUGACUUCAGGUCGUCCUUUUAUUCAGACAUCUGGUCUCACUUUGAGCGCGCUCACUCCAACUCCAAACACCUGCUGUGUCCGUUCUGUCUGAGAGUGAUGAGCCACAACACCUGCUACCAGCAACAUGUGAACCGACACCAGGUACAAACACUUGAGACACACACACCUGAGACACACAUCGUGACACACACCGGUUAAUACACACCUAAGACACAAAUCUGUGUAACACACACACCUGAGACACACAUCUAUAUGAUACACACAUCUGUAUAAUACACACCUGUAUAAUAGACACCUGAGACACACACCUGAGACAUACAGACCUGAGACACACACACCUGUAUAAUACACACCUGAGACACACACCGGUAUAACACACACCUGAGACGCACACCUGUAAAAUGCACUCACCUGUAAAAUACACACACCUGCGACAAACACAACUGUAACACACACCUCUGACACACACACCUGAGACACACAUCUGUAUGAUUCACACCUGUAAAAUACACACCUGAGAGACACACACCUGUAUAACACGCACCUGAGACACACACUUGUAUAACUUACACCUGAAACACAGACCUGUAACACACACACCUGAAAAACACACUUGAGACACACACACCUGUUUAACACACAACUGUAUAACACACACCUGAGACACACACCUGUGUAACACACACCUGAGACAUACACAUGUAUAAGAAACACCUGAGACACACCUGUAAAAUACACACACCUGUGUAACACACACACCUGAAUAAGACACACCUGUAUAACACACACCUGUAUAUUACACACCUAAGACAAACACCUGUAUAACACAGAUGUUUAACACAUCUGUAUAACACACACCUGAGACACACACCUGUGUGUUAUACUGAUGUGUGUCUCAGGUGUGUGUUAUACUGUUGUGUGUUUUAAACAGAUGUGUUUCAAGUGUGUGUCUCAGGUGUGUGCAGGCCCGGAUUAAACCUUCUGUGGCCCCUGAGGCUAAGCAAACCUAAUGGCCCCCCCCUCUGUCCCGCGCACGCAAAAAAUUGGCAGUUUUUAUUGGUCAUUUUGUGUAAAUUACUGCAGUUAUGGGUGGUUAUUUAACGGUUCCACUAGCCACCACCUCUAGCCAAACCACUGGGUUAAUACAACUGUGUGUCUGAACUCAAUUCAACAAGAGGUAGUGAAAAAAGUCUUCAAGGAAAGCACGAAGGCUGGUGUACAGUUCACUUUUUUACUGUAGAAAACCUCAGGCAUUUUAAAUUAUAAGUAUAUAGCAAGCAUUAUAAAUAAAAGUGCAAGGCAUGAUAUGAAGGCCUGUUAUGGUUAUACAAUUUGUUUUGUUUAAAGGAUUGCUACACUGAGAUUUGAGAUUUUUAUUAUUUUUAUAUUUGUUCUACAUUUGUCUGCGUUUGUGUUUUGAUCUUUCUUUUCAUAUUCUAGAGGGACUGAUAAAUGUCAGAGGUUUUGACACUGUGAUACUUGAAUAAAUGUUUUAUACCAUAUUUUGAAUUAAUUCAGACCUUUUGUGCAUUUAUUUUUGUCUUGUUACAUUUUUCCAUUAUUCCAAUUUUGGGGAGCGUGGUAGCAAUUUGACUGACUUUCAGCCAUUUAUGGCCAUGAUGUGCUGUUUAUAUUUUAUUGCUUUUAUUACACAGUAGGUUGUGUCAUUUUUAUGUAUGAAACAUAGGCUUUUAGCUAAAUUUAAUUUAUAUAUUUUAUUGUGCUGGGUGCAAAUCACUUGAGUUGAGACGUUUUCUUCAAGAAAUUUGCUACAUUUCAUAAUCUGAAUUCACUUAUGUGUAUACUAAGGCACCAAUAACUGUUUCAGGUGUUAGGUAGAUGUAUUUAUGACAUCUGAGAAAGAUUUUGUCUUGCCAGAAUCAACAUAGCAGUUUCUACAAGCAAAAACAGCAGCACCAUAUAAUCGUUUUUUGUGUUACUCACAUAUAUGUACAUUUCUGGCUGGUCCUUAGUCUCACCCUGUAGAGAAAGACACUUUCUAAUACUAGUUCUGUAAGUUUCCCAACGUGUCCUUGUAAAGUCGAGAACGUCUUCACUCUGGACAGAUGAUAGAUGCAUAUAGCAUCGUUUCGUUCCUUUUUGAUGCACUUUUGAAGGCUGUUUUCUUUUUUUCCUGUUCUUUUCUUCUUCUUCGGUUGUCUCGCUGCUAGAUGCGCUCGUCGCCAUGUUUGUGUAUUUCUGAUACUAUGGCAACGAGACUCGGCUCCUAUUGGUCCACGUGACAAAAAUCGCUUCACCCCUCUGCAUAUUCGAUUGCGCAUGUGCAAGUAUCACUGCGCCGCAGAAAGGAAAUAGUUCAACACCGAAACACUGAUUACUAAAAAUCGACAGGAUGGCAUGAGUAGAUAUUUUUUUUUAGUACUCACUAUCAAUAUAGCUAUUUUAUGAAUCACAGUUUAUGUUGCCCCACUGAAGUGGAACGAGAUUCACUUUCUAGGCACUUUUUCCUCUGUCCCAAUACAGCCUAAUCCUCCUCACACCGGGCACAGCUUAUCAGCGUCAUAGCGGCUUCUGCUCGGGCUGAGUGUCCCCCCCAUAGCCAAACGACCUGAGGCUUCAGCCUCACUAUGCCUCAUGGUUAAUCCGGCUCUGGGUGUGUGUUAUACAAAUGUGUGUCCCAGGUGUGUGUGUUAUACAGAUGUGUGUCUCCUGGCUGGCUCGCCAUUAUGUUGUGGAAAAUCCAGCAUAAGUUUAGUAAAACAGUGCACAGGAGACAGGAUGAGAUCUGAAGAACAGCCUGGGCAUCUUUUCUGACAAACAGAGUCUUGACAAGACUGAGGGAAGCCUCCCUAGCUUUUCUUCUACUCCCUUUUAUGCUGUUAGGGGUGUGUGUGUGUGUGUGUGUGUGUGUGUGUGUGUGUGUGUGUGUGUGUGUGUGUGUGUGUGUGUGUGUGUGUGUGUGUUCUGUCAUCAUGGAUAUGUCAUAUCAAUUCUCCAGAGGGCUACCCAUGAUGACAUGUCGUUCUGUUCUGACCCUCAACACUUUGUUUAGGCUCGUAUUAACUCUCGCAGAGAUUAAAUGUUGCAACAGACGGAUAGUUCGGGCUCCUGAAAGACAGCCCUGCUUACAACCUCAGGGUCAUGAGGAUGCAUGAGCAGGCCAACCUAGAUUAUUUGUAGCUCCUUACUAAAAGAUAAUAACUCUAUAUUUCUUAGUCUAAAUGUAUGAAGAGAUUCUCCUACAAGACACACACACCUAAGACACACACCUGAGACACAAAUCUGUAUAACACACACCUGCCACACAUAUCUGAGACAAAAAUCUGUAUAACACAUACACCUGAGACACACAUUUGUAUGACACACAUCUGAGACACACACUUGAGACACACAUCUGUUAAGCAUACACACCUGUAUAACACACACCUGAGACAAACAUCUGUAUUACACACACCUGUGUCACACACCUGUAUAACACACACACCUAUACACACAUCUGUGUAAUACACACCUGAGACACCUUAUAACACAAACCUGAGACACACACUUGAGACACACAUCUGUAACACACACACCUGUGACACAAACACUUGAAAUACACAUCUGUAUGAUACACACUUGAGACACCUUAUAACAAAAACCUGAGACACACACCUGAUAAUACACAUCUAAGACACACACACCUGUAUAAUACACGCCUGAGACGCACACCUGAAACACACACCUUAGACACACACACCUGUAUAACACACAACUGUAUAAUACACACCUGAGACACACGACUGUAAAACACACACCUAAGACACACACCUGUAUAACACACACCUGUAAAGUAUACACACCUGACACACACAUCUGAAUAACACACACCUGAGACACACGCCUGUAACACAGACAUGUGAGACACACAUACCUGAGGCCUACACCUGAAUAAUACGCAACUGAGAUACACAUUUUAUGACACACGCCUGUUUAAUACACACACCUGAGACACACACCUGUAACAAACACAACUGAGAGACACACCUGUAUAAUGCACACGUGAGACACACACCUGAGACUAAUUCCUGUAGAAUACACAGCUGAGACACACACACCUAUAUAAAACACACCUGAGACACACACACCUGUGAAAUACACUUGAUACACACCUGUAUUUCACACUUACCUUUUUCAUUCAGAUUAAUCAGCUGUAUGUCUCACCUGACUAACCCUGUGUGUGUGUGUGUGUGUGUGUGUGUGUGUGUGUGUGUGUGUGUGUGUGUGUGUGUGUGUGUGUGUGUAUCUGUAUUUGUGUUUGUUUGUCUGUUUGUUUUUGUAUGGAUGUGCAUAUGUUUUUUGUGUGUCUGUGUCUCUAUGUGUAUAUGUGUGUGUGUGUGUGUGUGUGUGUGUGUGUGUGUGUGUGUGCCCGUCCUCAGUGUAAGAUGGCGUUCAGCUGUGGUCAGUGUCGUCUUCAUUUUCUGCACCCAAAAGAGCUGAGUCAGCACAAACUGAUCCACCACUGUACCCACAUCAGACCAGCUCAGCUGACUGGACUCAGACCUGGAACUAAGGUAGACCUCCAGUCCUCCCAGUGUCUCCAUCAUGUGUGUGUGUGAGCGGACGCACUAACAGGUCUUACCUGUCUGCAGGUGACUGUGAGGACGUUCUCUGUGGGGGGGCGGUCUGAGAUGGAGGAGGGACAGAGGGACACGUCUCCAUCUAAGGUCAGUCUGAAAAACCAGCUGGACUCCUUUAACCAGGUUUGAGGUCUUUCAAAGUCUGUCCUCAGGUCUGGAUUUGAUGUCCAGACCUCCUCAUCUUUUCUCAGGUGUCUCUCGUGUCUUCUUCUUCAUCUUCUUCUUUUUUUUCUUCUUCUGUCUUUCAGGUGGUAAAUUUCGACACGUCCCCGAGCAGACAGGAAGCUUCAAAGAGGAAACUGGUGGAGAAUCUUGGAGGUCUGCUGUCGUCACUCAGUCAAGACAGGUACAGGGUCUGCAGACGUGUUCACCGUGAGGAGGUCUCUCUGGUUUCAGGUCUUUGACACGCCUGUCGUCUUCUUCUCUCUCAGCGGGUUGGACGGCGGCGUCUCUCGGACCUCCUCUGUCUGUGUGGAGUGUCUGUCUUCAGUUCAGGACUUCCAGACUCACUUCCCGUCUCUGGUCUGCUGCCCACUCUGCAGCUUUGUAACCUGCUGCUGUACAGCCUACGCUAACCACAUGAUCAGGUAAUGGCGAGGUGAACAGACGCUAAAAAAAGAUGUCUAAAAACGGCGAGUUUAUCAGGUUUAAAACACUGUCAAACUUCUUCUUUAAACAAGGGAUGGUUUAGAUUUUACAGGAGGAGCGGUCAUGUUUAGAGCCUAAUCAGUAAAUCUCUGAUCUAUACUUGUGUGUGUUUAAUGUGUGUGUGUUUAACGUUUGUCGUUGUUUGACAGUUACCAUGCAGCCUGUGGGACGACUCCUCAGUACGCCAACAUCUUCGUGUCACAGCCCAGGUAAAUACGACUAAUAAUGUAGACCUGACCACCAUCGUCUGUGUUUUAAUGUUCAUGAUCAUCAGAGGCUGAACCAGGAGAUUCUCCCCCAAUUUCCACCGCAUCCUGAACGUCUACUAAAAGGUGGUAUCCACAGAUCGUAACUGAUCGUAACCAUUCAAGGUAACGUUUCAAUUUCCACCAGCUUCUUUCCGUUCUGCUGCAAAUCGCCGUGCUGGAAAGGAAGUCGGGCACAGACACAAAAUAAAACAUCCAUCUUUUUUUCAAAAUAAAACACUAUGUUUCAGGAGGAUCGUAUUUCACACCAUGCAGACGGGCGGAGACGAACAAGUGAAAGUCAUUUCACCCCAUUGGCACCAUGGAUUAGGAGAUGCUGAUUCUAGAAGUCUAGAAGUAGAUUUCCUCCUCUGGAAGGACACAAUCUACUGCUUAUAUGUCUAUGUGGCUGUCUUAAUGGAGACAACUCAUUUUUGUGCGAUUGAACAUGAAUCUGCGGGUUCUUGUGAGUUCUCGCAAUUCCCGCUGUGCGUAAUCCGCCAUGAAAUUCGAUAGGAAUUGGUGGACGGUGAAAAUCACUGCUGUUCUGGAUCAAAGCCGUUCCGAAUGCGGUGAAAAUUGGGGGUAACUGAUUAAUACUAUCAGUAAUCAGAUCAUAACAGUUUAGACCUGAAGACACCUCUGUACCUGAGUGUGAAACCUUCACCUGGUAAUGCAGUCACUCUAACACACAUAUGGACACACUGUGGUUUGGUGUAUUUAUUGUGUGUGUGUGUGUGUGUGUGUGUGUGUGUGUGUGUGUGUGUUUUCAGGUUGUCAGAGAAGUUGCAGUGUGUGACGUGCUCAUUUUCAAUAGACAGAGGAGACAUUAUGGCGAACCACCUGACAGAGAGACCACAACACUGCUGCGUCAUGUUACAUGAGAACGGUAACAAACACACACACACACAUACAUACACACCACAUUCUGCCUUAAUUAUGAGCGUGAGUAAAGACAACGAUAAAUGUUGAAACUGAAAGAUGUUUUUUAUGUUAUUAAAGGGAUAUUCCGGCGUCAAAUUAAUUUAGGGUCAAACACAUCGUAACACCGAGUUAGACGCCCCCUCCAGAGAUGAAUGUUGCUGACCACUUGCUUCUCUAGUUAUACCAACUUUAGUAACGACCACAGGAUAGCAAUACACAGCGGUCUGAGGAGCCAUAAACAUACCUCAACCAAAACUAACUCUAUAGCCACAAAUAAUGCUCAGAACAGCACCUAACUUCAUCAACAGGACAUAUAGGGUCCCAGCCAUAGUACUAGCCACCAAACUUCUUUUUAACUUUGACUCAUUUCUUUAGUAAAGAGACUAAACACAACUCACCUACUCUCUUCAAGCAGACGCUUGUUUGUAGCGAGACCUCAGGCCUGUCCAUUACGGACUACAGCGGGGUGACGCAGCUCAAGGAAGAACAUUUCUGAUUAAUUCCUCAUGGAAAUACAAUCAGACCGAGACGCUAAGGCAGAAGAACUACCGCGUCUGCAGUGCAAAAUGAUUAAUAUGGUGAUUAUUACAUAAAGGAAAUGAUAAAGUAAUGAUCAUUAAUGUUUUUUAAGGUUAGAUUAAAAAAAAGAUGAAAAACAUUUUUCAGUUUCAAUAUUUGAUCCGUGGUUUUUGCAGCGUUUCCAGUUAAAUACAGACUUGGACUGCUUUAAGAACCUUUGGACCCAGUUUCUUUUUACAUCAUAGUGUUCAAACUCAGUGCAGGUGAGCUGACAUAGGAGAAAAAUGUUUUCUGCAGUGGAUCCUAAGUGGAUGUGGAAAUCCUAAGGUUAGAUAUUUAAUUCGCUCAGCUGUGAAAACAAAAAGAAUCGAGGUGGAGGUUCACGGGUCAAAGUCAUGAUUAUCUCCCCUCUCCACCCUGACCGCGUGAGUGCAGUAAAGUCUGACGUCUUUAUCCGUCUGGGCGCGAUCAAACAUUUCGAAACAGCUAAAGGAACCGAUCACUUGGAGGCGUUUGAUUCUGACGGACAAUUUGGAACCCGUUCUCGAUUCCCAUCCCUGAUGGUAAGUACGAGCGACACUGAGAAACUAACAACCCCAGCCUCACAUCACCUGUCUGAUCUAUAUCUGUUUCUAACCAACAGGUAAAGACUAGUUAGCCAGUGUUAGUUUUCCUGCUCUCUGAGAGCUCGAACAUGUUCCUCUGUCAGGGUGAGAUCGGUUCACAUGAUCAAAUUAAAACACCCCUUUGACACAGCUCCAGGCCACACUGGGCUCAGCAUGUUUAAUCAGGCCGGUGAAUCAGGGCGGCACCCUUAGAAAGAGCAAAACUGGUAUAUGACACACCGUGUGGGUUUUAGGGGUUAGCUGGUCAGGAGGGGUCAUGAUUUUCAGUUACGGUUGGUGGUACUCCCCCAUGAAAAGCAGAGGCAGGGAGAGCAGCAGCAAAGACCCCGACCUGCAGAGGAGGGGCAGGAAGAGUAGACAAGCUUGUUAGAGCCCGAUUUUUAUCAACUACCCGAAAUGUUAUAAAGACGAAUUUAAUAACUGACCCAAAUUUUUUUACAUGUUGGGCAGAGAAGUAAAGAGUUAUCAGGUUUUUGGCUUUUGGCGUCUUGUUAUGACAAGUUAUUUCAUUUUGGGACAGUCUUCGAUACCGGGCUCUAAAGCAGCUAAAAUAAUACAAACGUUUUCACAUUAGACUGUCGGACAAUUGGAGUAACCAGCUGAGAGCUCAGCUGAUCUGGGAUGGUGUUCGCUGAUGUUAAACAGGCUUAGCUGAAUUUGUGACCUGCCUGAUCUAACACUCUGCUUUAAUGAUGCUGUUUUUCCCCUAAAGCUCCAAUAGAAAACAAGUUACUUUAAUCGCUGUGACAUGAAUCGUAACGGUCUGAUAAAGAGUCAUAGGGGGUCAAAGCAGCAAACAGUGUUCACUAAUUAACAUGAUGUUAACAUGUCUGCACGUGCAUCUAUGUCUGUCUUUGUCUGCGUCUUUGUUUGCAUCUGUGCCUUCGUCUGCAUCUGUGUCUUUGCCGUGUCUGUGUCUGUCUGCGUCUUUGUUUCUACGUCUGCAUCUGUAUCUGCGUCUUUGUCUGCAUCUUUGUUUCUACGUCUGCAUCUUUGUCUCCGUCAGCAUUUUUGGGUCUGUGUCUUCGUCUUUGUCUGUGUUUGCAUCUGAGCCUGCAUCUCUGUCUGCGUCUUUGUCUGUGUCUGUCUUCAUAUUUGUGUGUGUGUGUGUGUGCAUCUGUGUCUGCGUCUUUGACUGCAUCUGUGCUUCUGCCGUGUCUGCGUCUGUCUGUGUCUUUGUUUCUAUGUCUGCAUCUGGGUCUGCAUCUUUGUUUCUACAAACGUCUUUGUCUGCAUCUUUGUGUCCGUGUCAUCUAUGUCUGCGUAUGCAUCUGAGCCUGCGUCUCUGACUGCGUCUGCAUCUUUGUCUGUGUCUGUCUUUAUAUUUGUGUGCGUCUGCAUCUGUGUCUGCAUCGUUGUCUGCAUCUGUGUUUUUGCCGUGUCUGCGUCUGUCUGCAUCUUUGUUUCUACGUCUGCAUUUGUGUCUACAUCUUUGUCUGCAUCUUUGUGUCAGUGUCUUCAUCUAUGUCUGCCUCUGCAUCUGAGCCGGCGUCUCUGUCUGCGUCUUUGUCUGUGUCUGUCUUUAUAUUUGUGUGCGUCUGCAUCUGUGUCUGCGUCUUUGUCUGCAUCUUUGUCUGGAUCUGUGUUUUUGCCGUGUCUUCAUCUGUCUGCAUCUUUGUUUCUACGUCCGUAUCUGUGUCUACAUCUUUGUCUGCAUCUUUGUGUCCGCAUCUUCAUCUAUGUCUGUGUCUGCAUCUGAGCCUGCAUCUCUGUCCGCGUCUGCACCUGCGUCCGUCUCUGUCCGUGUCUGCACCUGCGUCUGUGUCUGGGUCUGUCUUUAUAUUUGUGUGCAUCUGCAUCCAUGUCUACGUCUGUGUCUGUGUCAGUGUCAGUGUAUGCGUCUGUGUGUAGAAUAGAAUAGAAUAUUCCUUUAUUGAUCUCCCAUGGGGGAAAUUUUUUUGUCACAGCAGCAUCACAGACAAAGAGUUCAAAAAUGCAGUUAUAAAAAUAAAGAUCAUCAUAUUAAGAACUUAAAUAAAUGUAAUAAUUAAGAAAAAAUUUAGAAAAAGGAAAAAAGGGAGAAGAAAAAUAAAACUAUAUACAAUAUACACAAUUUAAGUACCAGAAAAAAGUGGUGGUGUGAGUCCAGUUCUAUUACAGUUCGUUGUAAAGUCUUAUUGCAGAAGGGAGGAAUGACCUGCGGUAGCGCUCCGUCUUGCAAGGUCGUAGUCUCAGUCUGCUGCUGAAGGAGCUGCCUAAAGCCCCCACAGUCUGGUGCAGCGGGUGAGAGGGAUUGUCCAUGAUGGAUAUAAGCUUUGCUAACAUCCUCCUCUCACCCACCUCUUCCAGGGAGUCCAAAGAACAGUCCUCCUGACCAGUCUGUUCAGUCUCUUCCUGUCCCUCUCGGUGCUCCCUGCCCCCCUGCAGACCACUGCAUAGAAAAGUGCAGAUGCUACCACAGAGUCAUAGAAAGUCCUGAGCAGAGUCCUGCACACUCCAAAGGACGUCAGUCUCCUCAGCAGGUGGAGACGACUUUGGCCCUUCUUGUACAGGACGUCUGUGUUGGUUGACCAGUCCAGUUUAUUGUUGAGGUGGACACCCAGGAAUCUGUAGGACUCCACCAUCUCGAUGUCCAGACCCUGGAUGUCCACUGGAACAGUCUGAGGUGUCCUCCUCCUGCGGAAAUCCACGACCAUCUCCUUUGUCUUACUGGCGAUGAGCUGGAAGUGGUUUGUGCCACACCAGUUGACAAAGUCAGUGAUGACAGUCCUGUAUUCCCGCUCAUCCCCUGAUGAUACACAUCCAAUGAUGGCUGUGUCAUCAGAGAACUUCUGGAGGUGACAGCUCCCAGAGUUGUAGCUGAAGUCUGAGGUGUACAGGGUGAAGAGGAAGGGGGAGAGCACUGUCCCCUGUGGAGCCCCCGUGCUGCAGACCACCAUGUCUGACACACAGUUCUAAAGCCUCACAAACUGGUCUGUCAGUGGUGUAGUCCACGGUCCAUGCAGCUAGGUGACAGUCCACUCACGCCCUCUCGAGCGUCCCCCUGAGCAGUGAAGUCUGGAUGCCGGGUUUCUCCCACGAAGGUGGCCGGGCUUGGCGCAGCGCCAACAGCUGUUCACGGCUGUAAACAAUAGAGCCGCUGAAUGGGUCACCAGACGCGGACUUAAAAACUCCGAAAAUUAGAAGAAAACAAAGUGCCAGAGUCAUGAAAUGCACAUCCAUGGUUGGAAUAUGCAAAACACAACACUGCUUAAUAAAAAAAAAGACAAAUAAGGUGCAAAAAACAACCAUUAAAAGGCAAAAAGCACUGUGAGGAGCUGCUGUGACUUGCUGCCACUCUCAGGGCGCUCAGUCACAAGCGUCCUGAGAGUGGCAGCAAGUCAGUGUGUGCCUGUGUCUGCGUCUGUGUCUUUUUCUGUUUUCGUAUUUGUCUGCGUCUUUACGUCUGCGUCUGUAUCUGUGUCUUUGCGUCUGCGUAUUUGUCUGUGUCUGCGUCUGUGUCUGCGUCUGUCUUUUUGUGUCAGAUUCAGUUUAUGUAGAAACUGUCUUAUGUUUCCCCUGAUGGUCUAAAAUCGCAUUUUUCUGGGUUUGUCUUAAAAGAGGACAAAAUUGGUCACAGAUAAAACGUUUUUUUGACGUCUUUCUUUUGUCUUUUUGGACUUUUCUGUUCUGACCUUUGACCCUUCUUCUCGGUUACAGUACCCAGUCCUCUGGACGAACCUCCUGCAGACGAUCAGCCAUCUGACAAGCUGCUCGCUCCAUUAGAGGACGAGUUUGAAGAACUCUGUGAGAACUCUGAUGGACACGUGCGACUCCUGAGUCCAAAGAGCGAACCAGAGGACAGGGACUACCAGGACCAGGAGAACCAGCAGGUCCUGGAGCACCAACAGAACCAGGACUCUGAGGAUGAGAAACCGCCACGCUGGGAGCAAUUCACUGACAAAGACAACGAGGGGGUGCUGGGCGACCAGGUCCUGACCCACGAGGAUGGACAGGUUCUGGUUUCCCAGCAGCAGGGUCCGGACUUUGAUGGUUCCGGGAGGUUCCUCUUUUUCCAUCUCAUAGAUGAGCGUGGCCAGUCACAUGACAUCUAUGACUCGAUUGUCCCCACGCCGCCGGUGGCCCCUACUGUGAACCAGGUCAGGAGCAGAGGUACCAGGAGGGGGCGCUUGUCGAGAGGGGGUACCAAGUCCCAAGUGGCGCCCCCUACAAAGCGAGGAGGAGGAGCUCAGGACUCGACCAGCCAAGUCCGGCUGACGCAGAUCCACCAACACAUCGAGUCCUUUCACCCCACAGCGGGUCACUACGGGCGGACCCAGGCCCAGGAUCAACGGUUCCUCCCAAGUGACGUGUCUCUGCGGCUCAUGUUCGAGGACUUCGCCGCCAACCACAGGACUUCCUUCAAACGCUACCAGAAAGCAUUAGAGAGCUGUGGCGUCAGCUUCAGCCGACCGGGGGAGGAGCCAUGCGAGCUGUGUCUGCGACAUCAGCACCACAUGAGCGUCCGACACCGGGACCAGGACUGGGUCCAGCACCUGCAGGACCCACCUCCAGACUGCAUCACCUGUCGGAUGUGGGAGGAGCACAGGGAGAAAGCGGAGAAAGCGACGCGAGACUAUAAACGAGACGCAAGGAAACAGCAAAGCGGCGAGCUGUCCAUCCGGAGAGUCGACCUGCAGCGGGUCAUCCUGCUACCCAGAAUGCCCGGCGUGAAGCCGGCGCUCCUCACCAAACGACUCUUUGUCUUUCAUGAGACGUUCGCCACGGUGGGCCAGAGGAGGGGGUCGGAGAAGAAGAGCAUCUCUGUGAUCUGGCAUGAGGGCAUGGCCCUGAGGAAGGCGGUGGAGGUGGCGUCAGCGUAUGUGGUCGCUCUGCAGAGGGAGCGGGAUGUGGCCCACGUGGUUCUGUGGGUGGACGGCUGCACGGUCCAGAACCGGAACUGGUGUCUCCUGACCACGCUCGUCAUGGCGGUGAACCAGCCCUGGAGCUGCACGGAGGACGUGACCCUGAAGUACUUUGAGCCGGGUCACACCUUCAUGAGGACGGAGUGUUUCCACCAGCGGCUGGAGCACGAGAUGGAGCGCCAGCCUGGAGGCAGGGUCUUGGAUUUCCAGGACUUCAAGAGGGUGGUGGCGGCAGCCCAGUGGGGCGAGGUCGACGUGGUGGAGCUGCAGAACGAGGACAUCCGGGCUUGGAAGGAGGGAAACUCCCGCAGGAAACUGACAAACACGCCGCCACUGCCUGAGCUGGCUCAGGUCCAGGUCAGGAGGGGGUCCAGACUCCUGUGGGUGAAACUGUCCCACAACCAGGAGGACUUCACACCUGUGGACUUCCUGAGGAACAGAACCCGUCUGAGUGUACCAGAACUGCUCCGACCCGCAGACCGGGGCGUUGGGAGGAAGAAGAAGGCGGAAAUCCUGAGGAAGCUCUGCCCACUGCUGCCAGAGAGGAGCCGGAUGUUCUGGGAGGGACUGACGGAGAGCGCAGAAGAAGAAGAAGAAGAGGACAACUACGAUGAAGAGGAGGAGGCGGAAGAGGAAGAUUGAGCUGAGGCAGCAAAACUAUAGAGACUCAAACCGGAGUAUUUAUUGAAUUAUAAACAAGGAUUUUACUGUAAAAGUACUGCAGUAUUUUACUGUUAUUAUACUACAGUAUUUCAGUGUAAUAAUACUGCAGUAUUUUACUGUAAUAAUACUGCAGAAUAUUAGUUUAAUAUUACUGAAUAAUAUUACUGUAAUAAUACUGCAGUAUCUUCCUUUAAUAUUAUUACAGUAACAUACUGCAGUAUUAUCACAGUAAAAUACUGCAGUAUGUUACUGUAAUAAUACUGCAGCUUUUUACUGUCAUUAUAGUGCAGCAUGUUAAUUUAAUAUUACUGUAAUAUUUCUGCAGUAUUUACAGUAAUAAUACUGCAGUAUUUUACCGUAAUAAUAGUGCAUUUAUUACUGUAAUAAUACUGCAGUAUUUUACUGUAAUAAUACAGCAGUACUUUACUAUAAUAAUACUGCAGUAUUUAAGAAUAAGAAUAAAUGAUCCCUAAAGGAAAAUUCAAUUGUCUGUCCUCUCAUUUGUCAUGUCUCUUAAAGUCAUAGACGAUUUAAAGAAGACUUGUAAACUCUGAUGGCUGUUUGUACAAAAGAAUGUAACCACAGAGCCAGCCUUUUUCACCAGUUUGUUUAGACGUCUCCAUUUUUGUGUUUGAUACUUCCUCCCCAGCAGACUGCAGCGUAGAACAGAACACUAUAGAUCUACACCACAGACUGAUAAAACAUCUGUAGCAUCUAUCCUGUAGAUGUCUAAUGAUCGGAGUCUUCUCAGGCAAAAGAGUCGGCUCUGCCCUUUUCUGUAGAUGAAGUCUAUAUUCUUAGACCAGUCCAACUUAUUAGUUAUUUAACUGUAAUAAUACUGCAGUAUUACCCCCAGCCUCUGCACCUUUGAAUGGUUGAAUUUCUGUCCUUUGGUUUUUGGUUUUUGCUGUAAAAUAAUAAUAAAAAAAAUGUUUAUAAAAAUGCUGAAAAUAUAACUGAAGGAAAUACAAUAAAAACCAGAAUGGUUUUGACUUUUUUUUUUUAAUCAGAUUUUGGAGCUUCUGUUAAUUACAGGGUUCAGUUAUUUUAUUUGAACACAAGAGGGCGCCAGAGGAACGUCAUUGGUUCUGGUAUAAGUCUGUGGUAAUGAGCCGAGAUAUACAGUGAAAAAAAAACAACUGAUGAAAACUCAACUUUGAAUCACACUCAAAAAAAAUUUCUGAUAGAGAAAGAACCAAAAGGGUCAGAAGUUUCUAACAGUCCUUUUGGAGAUCCUUGACUCUGCAUCCUCCUUAGAGUAGAGGGUCCUCCACACUUGCUCUCAGCAAGUCUGGGGACCAUCAGAGUCCAUGUCUUCUGUGAAGGCUCCAUUAAUGCUGAUUAUCUCCAGGUUUAGGAGCAACAUCUGCUGAUUACAACAUCAUGGUUCUGUAGGAGAAGAGUCCUGCUGAGAAACUGGAUUGAUCCGGUCCUGACUUAAAAAUAAUUGGACCAUCAGGGACAAAAAAAUCUGAUUUUUUUUUUGUUUUAGGCCUGAGUGGACGGUCCUGGAUCACAGACUGGCGCAGAAGAAAUCACAGGUAAACACAGAGACACACGCCAUCAAAAUAAAAGCUUCUCAUUUCUUUUCUUUCUCUUCAUUUUUUCCUGUUUCUUCUUUUUUUCUUCUUUCUCUCUACCACAUUUCCUCAACUUUAUUUCUGCUCUUCAUUCUUUACCCUUUUUUAAUUUCUCUUUUUUUUGUUCUUUUUCUCAUUUUUUGUCUUUCUUUUGCAUCGUUUUUCUGUUGUUUUCUUUUUUUUUCUUCUUUUUUAAGAAAUCUUUGUCUCUUGUUUUGUUGUCUUGUUUUGGUUUUAUCUUUUAAGUCCGUAAAAAUGAAAGCUUUUCAUUUCUAUUUUUUUCUCUUCCUUUUUUCCUUUUUUUCCCCUUUUUCCUGUUUUUCUUCCUUCUCUCUACCACUUGUUCUAAACCUUAUUUCUGCUCUUCAUUUUUUACUCUUUUUUGAUUUCUCAGCUGCCUUUUUUUACUUUUUCUUUGUUUUUGUUUUUUUAUGUUUUUGUUGCUUUCAAAAGCUUUUUGUCUUUUCCUUUGACACUUUCAUCCUUUUUUUUCUUUUUCUCAUUUUUCUUUUUUUUAACUUAGCAUUGUUCUUCUGAUGUUAGUUUUCUUUUUUCUUCUUUUUUUUCCUCUUUUAAUCUUUCUCUUGUUUUGUUUUUAUCUUUUAAGUCCAUAAAAAUAAGAUAAAAGCUUUUCAUUCCUAUUUUUUGUCUUUCUUUUUUUCCACUUUCUUUUUCAAAUUUUUUGUCUUUUUUUCUUUCACUCUACCACUUUUGCUAAACUUAAUUUCUGCUUUUGAUUUUUUGCUGCUUUCAGAGGCUUUUUUUCUUUUCCUUUGACACUUUCAUCUUUAUUUUUUGUUCCUUUUUGUUCUUUUUCUCAUUUUUUCUUUUUCUUUCUUUUGCUUUUUUUAAAAUCUUUUUAAAAAAUGUUGUUCCUAUUUUAUAUUUUUUAAUUUUUUUCUUUUUCUUCGUUUUGCAUCGUUUUUCUGUUGUUAGUUUCCUUUUUUCUUUUUUUAAAUCUUUGUCUUUUUUUAGUUUUCUUGUGUUGCUUUUAUCUUUUAGGUCCAUUAUAAAUAAAACAAAAAAUAAAAGAUUUUCAUUUCUGUUUUUUUUCUUCCUUUUUUACUAUUUCUUUUUUCUUCUUUUUUUUCCUCUUUUAAUCUUUCUCUUGUUUUGUUUUUAUCUUUUAAGUCCAUAAAAAUAAGAUAAAAGCUUUUCAUUCCUAUUUUUUGUCUUUCUUUUUUUCCACUUUCUUUUUCAAAUUUUUUGUCUUUUUUUCUUUCACUCUACCACUUUUGCUAAACUUAAUUUCUGCUUUUGAUUUUUUGCUGCUUUCAGAGGCUUUUUUUCUUUUCCUUUGACACUUUCAUCUUUAUUUUUUGUUCCUUUUUGUUCUUUUUCUCAUUUUUUCUUUUUCUUUCUUUUGCUUUUUUUAAAAUCUUUUUAAAAAAUGUUGUUCCUAUUUUAUAUUUUUUAAUUUUUUUCUUUUUCUUCGUUUUGCAUCGUUUUUCUGUUGUUAGUUUCCUUUUUUCUUUUUUUAAAUCUUUGUCUUUUUUUAGUUUUCUUGUGUUGCUUUUAUCUUUUAGGUCCAUUAUAAAUAAAACAAAAAAUAAAAGAUUUUCAUUUCUGUUUUUUUUCUUUCUUUUUUCCUAUUUCUUUUUUCUUCUUUUUUUUCCUGUUUUUCUUCUUUCUCUCUAAUACUUUUUCUAAACUUUAUUUCUGCUCUUUAUUUUUUAGUCCCCUUUAUUUCUCUCCUGCUUUUUUACUUUUCUUUGUUUUUUUUUAAAGUUUUUUGGCUUUCAAAGGCUUUUUUUCUUUUCCUUUGACACUUUCAUCUUUAUUUUUUGUUCCUUUUUGUUCUUUUUCUCAUUUUUUCUUUUUCUUUAUUUUGCAUCAUUUCUCUGUUGUUAGUUUACUUUUUUUCUUCUUUUUUAAUUUGUGUCUCUUAUUUGUUUGCUUGUUUUGGUUUUAUCUUUUAAGUCCAUAAAAUUGAAAAAAGCAUUUCAUUUCUAUUUUUCCUAUUUCUUCUUUUUUUCCUUUUUUUCUUCUUUUACUACUUUUUCUAAACUUUAUUUCUGCUCUUUAUUUUUAACCUUUUCUAAAUUUCUCUCCUUUUUUACUUUUUCUUUAAAGUUUUUUGGCUUUCAGAUGCUUUUUUUCUUUUCCUUUGACACUUUCAUUUUUUGUUUUUUAAUUUUUUGUUCCUUUUUGUUCUUUUUCUCAUUUUUUCUUUUUCUUUAUUUUGCAUCAUUUUUCUGUCGUUAGUUUCCCUUUUUUUCUUUUUCUUUUUCCUUUUUUUAAAAUCUUUGUUUCUUAUUUUAUUUCCUUGUUUUGGUUUUAUUGUUUAAGUCCAUAAAAAUAAAAUAAAAAAAUAAAAGCUUUUCAUUUCUAUUCAUUCUCAUUCAUUCUAUUCACACCGCCUUCACAGUGUGAUAUCAUCCAUCUCUAAGAGGGGCGGAGCCUUCGUUCCUAUCCACCUUGUCCCCUCCUCUCGGCUGACCUCCACCAAGCUGUCCGUCAAACAUGUCCCCUCCCCUCCCCCCCUCUCCUCACCUCCCGUCAUGACCGUCAGGUUCCUGGGGGCCCCCUUCCCACCUGAGAAGGUAGGCAGAGAACCGCCGCCUCAUCUCCAGCAGCAGAUUACUGCUCCACAUGUUCAAAGUUCAGAGCUGAUGGAGAUGAUGGUGGUGGUCCAGCCUCCUCCGACCCCUCAGGCUGGGGGUCCUCUGACAGGCUCCCAGCUCUCUGUGGUCCUCUUCGCUCUGAGUCACGGCAUUCCUGAGGCGUCCCGCCAUCACCACACGUCUCCCCAGGUCAUCCGCUCCUGGAUCAAGCAGCAUGAGCGCGGGUUGUCAGAGAGGAAGUGGGUGUGGAAUACGGACAAGGUGGCAGAGUGGGUGCUGAGUCAGAGGGAGCAGCAGAUCCAGGUGGCCAUAGAAACACUGAUGUUGAUGGCAAAGGCGGCUCUGGGCGAGGACAGCCUGCUGAUGGACCAGCUCAGCUGGAGCGCCGACCUCUUGCUGAAACACAAACUCAGCCUGCAGCCUCUGUGGGCGAUGUUUGAGGAGUUCAGACUCCACCGAGGGUUUCUGCCGAGGAGCAUCAGAGAAAAAAGCUGGAUCUUCAGACAGAGUCUCUCUGAGCAGGUGAGACCCCGACCCUGAACCCGCUGCAGAAACCUGCAGACCAGGGUCCUCAUUUAUCAAUGGUGCGUUCGUACAGAUGUGUUUUAAUAAUGAGUGUGUACAUACGUUCCCACGCAAAGUCUGGAAUUGAUCAACCUAUACUUGUUCUUGAAGCGUGAGUAAAUUGAAGCCCAACUCUGAGCAUGCUUACACACAAACCCUAGUGGUAGAACAGUGAAACUACAACUAGAACCCAUUAAAGGAGUCACAGCGUUCAGCAAUCUCAAACUUCACAUAUGUUCUCUGUUCCCUAGAUCAAUUCCCUACAGAAUUGAUCAGUUAGUUAUUGAUCAGACAUUUGGAAUGAUUGGUGUGAAAAGCUAUAGAAUCAGCUGUGACAGGAUAACCUCAGAGGAAGUCUUACAAGUACAAACACAAGUACAAAUACAAGUACAAAUACAAGUAUCAUGGUUUAUUUUGGACUUGGAGAAGCGUCUGCCACUUCUCAGGGAGUGCGUUUUCAAAGAGCGUGCUGAUCUGUCCAAUCAGAACACCGAGUGGAUUCUCAGCAGGUACCGCUUCCCCAAAAACAUUUGAAUGGAUUUAUGAUCCGUGAUUUACAACCCGUGUUGGAGCGAGAGACAAAACGCACCAAAGCCAUCCCAGUGACCAUCCAGCUCCUGUCCACCCUAACCCGAAUAUUUCAGCCUGAGAUCAGAGACGUAUACGACAUUUUACACCCAACGCUAAGCAGAAUCAUUUCAGCAGAGUUGGAUUCAAUAAUUUCUCUCAACUUACAUCCAGCUCCCAAACACACAUCAACAACAAGCCAAAAUAAAACGGGGAUUUCAUGCCAUCAUUCACAAACAUAAUUAGAGCUGUAUGGUGCGUUCCAGCUGUUCUCGGAGGUAGGAAUUUACAAGCUACGAGUCGGAACUUUCAACUGAAACAAAUGUUGAGGUCGGGUUUCCGACUCUGAAAGUCGGACGGUCAACACAGCCCCCGAGUUGAUGUUUAAAGAUGGCGGCGCCUGGUUGUAAACUGUAAGUUGAGGCUCCCGUUAUUAUCCUUUUAAUUAACACUUUUCACUAUUUAUUGUAGCAAUAAGUGGAACUGAGGCUCGGGCUACAUAAGAAGUAUAAUUAGAUGUAUAUAUAUGGAAAUGCUGUCAUAGUGUAAUGUACAUUUUUCAAGUGUAUAUGCAAACUACAAAGCCAGGUAACUGUAACCUGGUAGUUUCAGUCAGUGUUUAUUUGUUUAUUUUAACUUAAAAUUGACAAAAUGCGUGCAUGCAGUUGUUAAGAACAUUCGCCUGUUAUUAACUGAUGACCAAUCAAACUGCGAUAGAUACUUUUUGUAAACAAUAAAAUACUUAAAAAGAAAAAAAUAGGCUACCUCCUGUGCCUUUGUGUUUCCUCUUCAUCCAGCGUAUAUUUGGAGGAUCGCAUAUUUGUCCAGAAGCUGCUUAAAUUCGGACAAGGCAAGCGCAAAAAUAACUUUAAUAGAUGUAGCCAUCUUGUUUCUGCCCCUGAUUUUGCUUUUUUUUUCGACUUGGUAACUGAAACAAUGGUAACUCGGGUGUGACGUCAUUCCCAACUCCGACUCUGUCAUUCCGAGGUUACUCGAACGCACCAGUGGAUUUCACCACAUCGUAAUAAAAGCACCUUCACACAAUAAAUUCUGUUUUGUCAACAAGAAAGGAUUUCAUUCAAUCAGUGAUGAGUAAUCUGAGAUGCACAUAUGGAUCUGUUAAACGUUGGAGGAACGUAUGACUCAGGCAUUUUUAAAGGGAUUGUUGAUACCAUAUAUGGUCAUUUGGAGGCGUUUCUGAAUGCAAAUGACCCUAACCAUGAACGAGCGCGGUAGUAAAGAGCAGGUGGGAUUUAUCAUCAACGAUUACUUACUAAUGUGCAUACAACCGGUGGCUGCAUGUUUGAGAAAUACAGAUUUUUUUGUUCUUACGCACAUUCGAAAUUUCAUUCCUAAGCCAGAAUUUAGAACCUUUUCUACGCACAUUUGAUAAAUGAGGACCCUGGACCUGAGUAAAGGAAAAGUUCUUCUUCCAUGUAAUGUCAUUUGGUUCAGUAGAAAGUCUUUAAUCGAUCUGUUCCUCCUCAGGUCCACAGCACUCGUGUUCCUCCUCAAUGUUUCGGCUCCAUGGACGAGUUCGCCGUCUUCGUUGACCCGCUGCAGUACUCCAAUCGCGAACAUUCGGCCUUCCAGAUGGCGCUCACGACUGCGGACAGCAAACCCAUGUUCGAGGUCGUCCUGUGCGCCCUGUCUGAUGGGACGCUCCUGCCGCCCCUGCUCUUCUUUAGAGGAAACCCCUCACCUGUUCCUGAAGGGUUCCCCAACAACGUUCUGCUGGAGGCACGGCAGGAAGGAUUCACAGACCAGGAACGCCACAAAAUCUGGAUCAAGGAGGUCCGCUUCUAUUAAAUCCAUCCCAGCUGACCGGUCGUUCCGUUGAUCAUGUGACACCAUGUUUACCUGUCCUCUCUGUGCGUGUGCAGGUGUGGAGCCCCCAUGUGUCGUCUCGGUGUAACAGCGAGUCCGUGCUGAUGGUGGACGUCCAUCGGGGUCACCUGACAGAAGAGUUCAGGAGUGAUUUGGCAUCCAUGUCCACCGACGUCGUCUUCAUCCCGUCGGCGUGUAGCUGCUGCCUGCAGCCACUUGACGUCUGUGUCACACCUGUGCUCAGGGAGUUCCUGCAGGUAAGAUCCCCUGGAUCAGUCUCACCUGUCUGACCAAAACCAAACUGCCUCACGUGUCUGGAUCCAUCUCACCUGUCCUACCUGUGUGCUCUGUAUCAGUCUUUUUCACCUGUAUUAAACCUGUCUCACCUGUUUAGUUCCAAUUCAUUGAUCCUGAUAUCUUCUGGUUAUGACUGACAUUUUCUUUUUUUAUUGAUCAGGAUUUAUUGAUCAGAAUUUAUUGAUCCAUGUCUGAUAACUAAUUUACUUGAUCUUGACGUUUGGAUCCUGACACACUGAUUUGGGUUUAAUGAUGCUAACAAUCUGAUGACUCUAUGUUACUACUCUGAUUUAUUGAUCCUGAAUUUUUUUAUCCUGAUUUAUUGUUGGUGAAUUAUUGAUCCUGGAUUAAUUUAUCCUGAUUUAUUGAUCCUGGAUUUAUUGAUCCCGAUUUAUUGAUCCUGAAUUCACUUAUCCUGACUUAUUGAUCGUGAAUAAUUGAUCCUGGAUUAAUUUAUCCUGAUUUAUUGAUGCUGAUUUAUUGAACCUGGAUUUAUUGAUCCUGAUUUAUUGUUGCUGACAAUCUUAUGACUCUAUGUUACUAUCCCUAAAUAAUGAUCCUGAUUUAUUGAUCCUGAUUUUUUGAUCCUGGAAUUAUUGAUCAGGCCCGCUGGAACCAGCUGGUCUCUGUUGGGAGUCUGGAUGGAUUGGGUCUGGAUCAGCUCGCUUUGACUCUGGCCUGCUGGUUCAGUGAAGUCUGUUUUACUUUGAACACGGACACCCAGGUCCUCCGCAGGUCUGAACACACACACACACACACACACACACACACACACACACACACACACACACACACACACACACACACACACACACACACACACACACUUUUAAAGCACUAAACAGGAGAAGGUUAAAACAAACAAACAGACGGCUGACUUUUAGGCUUUUAUUUUGAUAGUCAACUGUCUGAAAUUAUGAGCUGGCAUCCUACUGUCUGUCCCCCUUUUUUUAUUCUUUCGCUGUUGCCAUGGUUACCCCUCAGGUCAUUCGCUCUGGCCUGUAACCCACAGGAGAAGGAGAACCGGUGGGAGGUGGAAACGAUGAUCAAGACCCUGACGGAGGCUCUGGUUCAGCCUUUUGAGACUCCAGAACCUCAAUUCGACCCUAAUCCAGAGCCAGAACCAGAACCAGAACCUGCUCUGUUUCUGGUGUUGAUGAUGGAGCAGGAGAGAGAGAGGAUGGAGUGGAGAAGGACUGAGAAGAACGUGGAGACAGAGAGGAUGGAAGAGAAGGAAAGGAUGGAGGAGAAGAUGGAAGAGACAGAGAGGAUGGAGGAGAAGAAAAGGAUGGAGGAGACAGAGAAGAUGGAGGAGGAGGAGGAAAGGAUGGAGGAGACACAAAAAAUGGAGAAGAGAAUGAAGAGGAAGGAAAGAAUGGAGGAAAGGAUGGAAUAG